AUGCUUGUCAGACAUGCAGAAAAGCGCGUCAAAAGUGUAAUGGCGGUCGGCCAUGUUCGAGAUGCUCUCGGUCUGGCAGAAGCCACCAAAAAAACCGUCGAGUUGGACAGGCUGUUGGAGAUGUUCAAAAGUGCUUCGGAUUCCGAAGCAUUAGAACUGGUACGAUCCUUGCGCAAUGGUGUUGACAUCACCGCCACACCACUGAGUGAUGGAGAGGAUACAACCCAGUCGAAUUGGGUCUCCAGAGACCGAACACUGGACGAAUCUGUCUCGCCGACCUUGAGCGCCAUCCCAUCGGUCCAUCCACUUUUCGGUUUGUUACAGCCAUUUGACCUUGCUCCUAAUCGAUUAGAGUUCAGAGGAAGUGAGAAGGUGUGCUGGACCACUGUGACGCAAGAUCGAGAAAUCAUCGACCACCUUCUCUCCUUGUAUUUCACCCAUCACCAUCCAAUAUGUCCUGUUAUCCCGGAAUCAUUGGUUCGGGAUGAUCUGGCCUCUGGUAAAACGACAUACUGCUCACCAGCGUUGUUGAACGCGAUGUUGGCUGUGGGAUGCUCACUUCUUGGAUUCUCUCACGAGCUCAAUCCAAGUGGUAAGAAUUGGCCUACUGUGGAGGCAUUCACCGGCGAGGCUGAAAAAUUACUGGCGGCACAUCCCAAGCCAAACUUGACGGGCAUUGCAGCCCUGUGUCUUCUGGCGAUGCUCGAAAACUUGCAGCUUCACGAUCAGCGCUGUUACCGGUUUUCAGGUCGUGCUUCUUGUAUGGCACUGUUUCUCGGCCUUCACAUGGAGAUUGUCAGCGACCGAUAUUCAACCAUGGUCGAUCAUCGUGAGGCGACUUUAGCCUACGUACGCCUUCAGCUGUUUUGGAUAUGUUUUCAGGUGGACCAGAUGGUUUCCAUGAAUACAGGAUGGCAACCACAGAUUGUCCUUGAUGAGACAGAUGCCAGAUUUGCAACAAUUAAUGAAUUAUGCGAUGCACGUGCUUUGUUGCCCACGUCUCAAACACGCCCCGAACUUCAUGUCGAUGUGAUGCGUGAAGCCUACAUGCUCCAAAUGGUAAGACUUGCAAGGAUUGUGAACACAACAUUGCUGGAGUCAAAAUACCUUUCUUUUGACAAUAAGAAAUUCGACAUUGAAAAUUGGGGAAGGAGGUAUUCGGCGUGGUAUACUGCUCUCCCGAUCGACCUUUCUAUGAAUGAAAAUGCUUCCGCCCAUGUUAUGAUGAUGCACAUGUGGUUUCACGGCAGUCUGAUACAAUCGUUUCGACCUGUCUUAACACGUGGCUUACAAGAGACCACUAUAGCGCAUCGAGUUUGUGAAGAAGCCGCCCACACGAUCAAUUCACUCUUGAUUCACUACCGAAAGUUAUACGGAUUGAGAGGCUUCAAUGCAAUACUCUGUCGAGCGCUUCUUGAUGCUUACACGAUACAUCUCCACCGUUUCCCAGUCUCCUUUCAGAACUUACGCGGCAUAAUUGAAAUGUUCGAAGAGCUUUCCAUGCAUCAAGAGUGGGCAAAAGCAUGGCUGGAGAAACUCGUCCAUGAAACUCGACUCUCGACGGCUGCGGCCGCGGGAGCAGCAGAGGCUCUUUUCGAUGGCAAGCCUCCCGCUCUUCCACUCGCAACGACUGCACAAACCUCAUUGCUGGCCCAAAUCGACAUGAAAGCUCAGGAACUUGUCGGUGAGAAUGUAAGUCAAAGCGGGAAGAAUAAUCAACAACAAAACCUUUCGCCCAUCCCGCCUCGACCAUACCGACGCCGACACGAAUACUUCUUCUCACCCUUUGCUCGACAAUAA